AAGAAACAUGGCGGCUUGAGUACUCAACCGUUGUUACGUUACUCUGGUAAAUUUUGAGCCAUUUCGACAGCAUUCCUGACGGGUUAUGGGUUCUGAAAGAAGAGCUUUGUCUUCUCGCUCUCCUGCUACGAGGUAUGAAGUCCUUCUUGUCGAGGACACGCCAAUGAAAGGUCUCAGCGAAGAGCGAAUGACCACUUGCUUUCAUGUAUUCGAUGAAAUCAUUCCAGAUUUGGGAGUUUAUAAGAAAGUUUUGAAGAUGCUGCGAGAUGAAAUAUACGAGGCUGUAUAUAGUAAUGAAUAUACCACUAUUCCACCGAAGAAAGGGAAAAACAAAACGUCUUAUAUUCAGCGUCUCCCGUAUUUUGUUCUUGUUAAUCGAGUUUUUGAAGAACGUGACAAAAAUGCGGACCAACUGCAAGCAGACAUCGCCGCACUGGAAGGAAAACUUGCCGAGAAAGAUAAACAACUCAACGAAAGCAAUCAGAACAUUGAACAGCUUAAGAAGUCGCUCAAAGAUUGCAGCGAUAAGAUUUACAACAUGGAGAUCGAAAUGGAAAACAACUCUUUGGAACAGAGAAAACUUGAAGCUAACAUUCAGUACGAGCAGAUGAUGCAACAGGCCGCUAAAGACAGGUACGAAAAACGCAUUGCCAGUCUUAAAGAAGAGCUCACUCAAGCGAAGGAAAGAAAUAAGUUUCUUGAAAAGUUUAAAGAGGGUUAUGAUGCUCUUGAAGAAGCUUUUAAUGAUUCAACAGUGUUUGAAAAGAAGCCCCUUAAGCCGGCUGUUUCGACGAGGAGGGCUCAGAUUGUUCAGGAGAUUGCUUCGGCUAAGCUUUUAGAAGAGCAGCUCCUCACCAUGCAAAAUGCAAUUAUUGAGGAAUUCGAACUAUUCUUGGAAGAGAACAAGGCUUCGCCCACAAGUGAAGUUGAUUUGAAAAGCAGUGGGAGUAACUUUCGAGUGACCCCAGAUGAUGAACACGAGAUGAGGGUGAAACUAGAAGAAGAUUUGCACAAAGUUAAACAGAGGUUCAAGCAAAACAUUGCUGAUAUUGAAAAUGAAUUUCAGCUAAUUGAAAUUCAGAGGUCCAGUCUUGAAGAUCAGUUGGCUGAACUUGAGGAAGAAGCUAAAAGAACAGAAAGAGAGACCAACGAUAAACCAGAAAGAAAGAAAAACAUGUUUGCUGUGCAAGCAGAGAAAGAGAAGAAACCAAAACAGCCAGAAGAAGAUGAUGAAGAGAUUGAUUUUGUAAAGAUUAUGAACAGUGCACAUAAUCAAGAUCCAUUCAUUGCACACGAGAGAAUCCUGAGCAAGUAUUCAGCAAUGUUGUAUUACUCAUGCAACCAAGGAAAGAACUACCAUGAGUUUAAAGAUGCCAAGUUUUGUGCUAGCUGUGGUGAAACAACAUUACUAUGCCCACACAAAGUUACAGAUCAUAAGGUUGUUUCAUUGCCCCAUAACUGCACGCACAUAAAAAUUAUCAGACCAACAGUGCACAUAUCACGAGAUGAAAAACCUCCCGUUCUUGUUGCAGAAACCCCUGACAGUGUGCGAACUUUGUCAGCAAAAACCAACAGCACUCUGGGAUAUGGAGAUGAGUCAAUCAUAAAAGCACAGCAGCACCUUACCAUGUCAUACAAGUCCCUUUGGGAUGACUACUAUUCUCGUACUUCAAUUCAAAGACAGAUUCCCAGGUCUCUUUCUGUGGAUCGUGUGUCUUCCAUCAUUGAACAGUUUUACGCUUCACUCAUUUGGCAAGAUGAUUAUGCAGUGGAAGAUGAACAGAUUGUUUCUGUGGUGGAUACAUUGUACUCCUUCUUCCACGAGAGGUAUUUGGUUUCAGAUGUCACAUACCUGGCUGUGUAUGACUUUGUUUCAAGCGUAAUUACGUUUGCACCAAGUAGCAAGACUAUUCAGUUGUUUGCUCAAGCAAUGUGUGGUAACCUAGAUCCUGUUGUCAUCCGUUAUGUCCUUCUGGUCAAUGAGUUCAUUGAUCUGGUUGAGUGGCUGGCAGUUAAAGACAUCAGGAGCUUUGCUCAUGUCGUGUUUCCCUUCAUGAAUGAGGAAGAUAUUGAGCAGUUUUCUAUGGGUUACACCUCUUUCAGUGAGAACAAGAUCUCCAAGGAACUGGUUUCAGAGUAUUUUCUGUACAUCAUUCUGAAGUACAGAGAGCCUCGCUUUCAAGAAAUGGAAGUGAAGCUUCUUCAGCAACCAGGAAGGAAGCCUGGAUUUAUGACAGAUAUUGAAUACGCUGAAGCUAUUGACAACAUCUGUCCUCUGGCAUCAGAGCGCUUGAGACGCCGUCUAUUUGUGGAGUCUGUAGAGCACAUGAGAAGCACUGAUGAUUCAGUUUCAGUUAUGCGUCUGGCUCAAAUCACUGGUUAUCUUUCUCUACUACAGUUGACGCCAGUCAUAAAAAAUUCAAUUUCUCAGAAGGUUGAAGAAGCACGUCUUGUCGUCACAGAGGGUCAGUCCCCUCCUCCUGAUGUUCCAGUGAGCAGUGAAUUCAAGCCUGGGAAUUUUUUAACAACGAGCACUGCACGCGCAGUGGCAGCUGAGAAUGCCAAGCGCUCAAGAACAAGGCAGCUGAAAAGGAUUGAAGAGUAUCAGUAUGACUAGGACAGGAGAGUGGCUUGCAGAAAGCAAGAACUUUAAGUCCACAGUUGUGACCUUUGGAUCAUGUGACUAAAUCAGAGAGCUAAUUGUGGUUAUUUAAAAAUUAUCAAAUUGUGAGGAGAGCAGAGUUGAUCACAGCAGUGACUACUCCCAAAAAUGGGCUGUAGGGCAUGCUUCUUGAAACCUGUACCCUAUAAUUUUGAGAUCAAAACAAGAGAUACAUGUAGUUUCUAUCCUUCUGAAAAACAUCAACACUGACAACAAAUUCCUCUUUAUUGCUGUUUAUGUUAUUAUAUUAUAUAGAUACAACUUUGAAAAACAAGGGUGCUGGCAACCCAAAAUAACUAUUAGGUUAAAAAUGCUAGGUUGUCAGUUUACAAAUUGACUGUGCUAUGCCAUACCCAACUCCACACCAGGGAAUAUAAACUAUAUCAGACCAAAUAAUCUCCAAACAUUUUUCCAUGUACCCUUUGCCAUUGCACAUACAUUGCAAGGAGAAAUAGACAUUGAAAGACUGGUGUUAGCAAAAUCAUUGCUGGUUAAUGUUUGGAUUUGCACUGAUUGAUAAUGAAACAAUUUGAACUCUGAACUAAGAUGUUGUCUCUUCAAUCAGGUGUUGUCUCUUCACUUCACUGUCAACUUUUAGAUACUUUACAUAUAGAUAACAGAUUGUGUUUCAGAUGUAUCACAGGGCUAAAUUCCAGGUUAAAUUAUGCAAAUACAAUACUAAUCUAAAUGCUACUUUUGAGGAUAAUUGCAAAAGAACUCUCAAGGUUGAAGGUGCAUCAUUAAGGGGAACACAUUCAAAUGAUUCUACCAGAGACACAAAGGAAGGGACAAUGUUUGGACUAUUUCCAGAUAAAAAAAAAGUUAAAAAGUUUUAAUGUUGCAUAAGUGAACACAAUUCUUGUAUAGCACAGUUUGGGAAUUACUGCUUGAGUGGAAUUACAUAUGAUCAUUCAAGGUGUAUUUUAUUGUGCAAGUGUCGUUUGUUGUACUCUGUAGGAGUUGAGAUAUUGGAAGAGAACAGCACAGACAUUUGUUUUUGCUUUUUGCCCAUAGGCAUGUUCACCAUUUUUCACCCACCACACAAGGUUAUCUUUAGAUUAUGGAGAUCCUUGUUAUGGCAAAUACUAUGGAAGAAAUACUAUGGAUACACAGUUCAUUAUGAAUACAUUUAAUGUAAACUUUGUAAGAUAGCUACAUUGUAUACUUGUUCAGAAGUGAUGUAUCAUUUGCAAUAGACAAUAAUUCACCACAUUUUUUAAAUACCAAGAAAACUACUUGUAACAUGCUGGUGGAGUAUUCUUGAUGAACGUAAAAAAUCUAAUGAAAUCUGACACAUCUUCUCAAUCAAAACUAAUAGGAUUCACAAACACUGUCACGGUUAUGAACUCCUGAGUUUUAACUUGAUCUAUGAUUAAUGAGUUUGCAAACUUUGUAUCACCUUUGAUGCGUAACUUUGAAGGAGAGAAUGUAACUCAUAUAAAAGAGGAUUCCAUGGAUAAAUAAAGAUUUUACUGGAAAUUUGCUCAGUGGUAGCUAAUUAAUGAAACAAGUAUAGUUGUGUAUCAGUUUCAUAAUUUGCAUGAUGCAUCUGAUGUUAUAAAACUACUAACUGUUGGCCCAGCUUUUAAACAAGACUAUCAACCUUUUUACAUUUCACAAGUGACUAUAACUAUUCUGCCUUUUGGAAAGUGG